AUGAGACCAUCUAUAGGAAAAAAAGUAAAAUAAGACGAUUCUGAUAAUAAAUUUAGAGAGAAGGUAUAUCGUUCUAUGUAUCCAUCUCCAUGCUCGUCAUAUGAUCCGAACAAAUGGCUGUAAAAUAAUGAUAUCUCGUGGUUGUCUCACUCGUUGGAAUAGGACAUUGAUAAAAUUCUCUAAAUUGCUGCUCCUUAACCACUAAAACCACAAAAUAAUAGGAGAGCUAGUGCAAACGAUAUCAGGGAAGAAUUUGAUGACAAAAUAGGAAAAUAAAAGAGAAACACUUGGUAUGUUGACAAGCAGCAUGAUGAAUAACCUAAAAAUAGUAAACUCAAGAUAAAUAUGAGUUCUAUAAUUUGUGAAUUCCCAAUUUAAAAAGUUUCGCGGUAAUCUAUUUCUGAUCAGCCUAAAACACCAAAUUGUUAAAAGUCCUUUAUGGAGGCCAUUAUUUCAAGAUAUUAGCAAUAAAACGAAUAAUAGGAAGAUUAGUUUGAAAAAGAAAAAAAAUUUUUAUUUUAAAGUGAUAAAGAAUUCUAAAGUGAUAAGAAGUUGUUCUAAAGUGACAAAAAAUAACAAAUCCUUGAACCUGAAAUUCAUGUUAAUGAAAUAGAUGACAACAUUUUGAAUGAAGAAUAAUAAAACACAUCUCUCAAUGAGGAGAAUCCUAACAAAUAAAAGAAAUAAAAACCUACCAAAGGCAGGAAGGUCGGAAGAAAAAAGAAAUCAAUUAUGCCAGCACCCAAAAGAAAGACUAGAUAGACUAAAAAACAAGAAAGAAUAUAACAACUACCUGAACCUGCAUAAACCGAAUUAUAUCAAGAAAAAACUAAAUACAUCAGACCAGCAACUACUAUUGAUCAUCCUAUAUUUAAUACAAAUUAAUGCUGGGCUAGAAUGUAAUUUAGAAAGGAAGCCAAAAAGUACGAGAAAUAUUAAACGCAAGAAUUCUAAGAUUUAUUACAUUCUUUACCUGGAUGUUAUAUUCAUAAAUGUGAAGGAGAUUUGAGAAUUGAUAAGAUCAGACCAAUGUAAAACGCAAAAGGAAAAUUCUUUUAAUCUUUUGAAAUGUGGAUAAAUCCAUUAGUACUUAUCGGUCCAAUUAAAAUGAAUAACUCAGUUAAAUUACAUGUAAGAUUUAAAAAAGGCUAUUCUGGACAAGUUUACUGUGACAGUGCAUUGUAGGAAACUCUGCCUCUAAAUUAAGUUGAUGGAAAAACAUUCCACAAAUAAAAAUUAAUGCUAGCCAAUAAUUCUGACCAUGUGAUUAAAUUGGUCUGUUGCUUAGUUAAUAUAUCAAUUAGGGGUCCAUCAAAAAGAUGUAAAUGAAUAAUUAGUAUUAUAAUUCUUCAGUUUUUUUUUUAAAUUAUCAAUUA